CCAGCUUCCUCACCCUGGCAACGGGCGGGUGACUCCUUCCGGUGCAGUGAGGGCUCUGGGCUGACGCGGGGUGACUCCUCUCAUGCAGUUGCUUUCCGAUAGAAAUAUGCUCUAACCUUAGUAGAAGAUGGUAGUUUUGGAGAAUGACCAUGGAGAAGGGGACGAGUUCUGGACAAGGGCUGCCCUCCAGAAGCCCUCAGGAAGCAAAGCAGUCCCCUAAAGAGAGACGAGGAGGCUUUGUGCUAGUCCAUGCAGGUGCAGGUUAUCAUUCUGAGUCCAAAGCUAAGGAAUAUAAACAUGUAUGCAAACGAGCUUGUCAGAAGGCAAUUGAGAAGCUACAGGCUGGUGCUCUGGCGACAGAUGCAGUAACUGCAGCACUGGUGGAACUUGAGGAUUCUCCUUUUACAAAUGCAGGAAUGGGAUCUAAUCUAAACCUCCUUGGGGAAAUUGAGUGCGAUGCCAGCAUAAUGGAUGGGAAAUCCUUAAAUUUUGGAGCAGUUGGUGCACUUAGUGGAAUCAAGAACCCAGUCUCAGUUGCAAACAGACUCCUGUGUGAAGGACAGAAGGGCAAACUCUCAGCUGGCAGAAUUCCUCCCUGCUUUUUAGUUGGAGAAGGAGCCUACAGAUGGGCAGUAGAUCAUGGAAUUCCCUCUUGCCCUCCUAACAUCAUGACUACAAGAUUCAGUUUAGCUGCAUUUAAAAGAAACAAGAGGAAACUAGAGCUGGCUGAAAGGGUGGAAACAGAUUUUAUUCAACUGAAGAAAAGAAGACAAUCAAGUGAAAAGGAAAAUGACUCAGGCACUUUGGACACAGUGGGUGCUGUGGUUGUAGACCAUGAAGGGAAUGUUGCUGCUGCCGUCUCCAGUGGAGGCCUGGCCUUGAAGCAUCCAGGGAGAGUUGGGCAGGCUGCUCUUUAUGGAUGUGGCUGCUGGGCUGAAAAUACUGGAGCUCAUAAUCCCUACUCCACAGCUGUGAGUACCUCAGGAUGUGGAGAACAUCUCGUGCGCACCAUACUGGCUAGAGAAUGUUCACAUGCUUUACAAGCCGAAGAUGCUCACCAAGCUCUGUUGGAGACUAUGCAAAACAAGUUUAUCAGUUCCCCUUUCCUUGCCAGUGAAGAUGGUGUGCUUGGCGGUGUGAUCGUUCUCCGAUCGUGCAGGUGUUCUGCAGAGCCAGACUCCUCCCAGGACAAGCAGACACUUCUAGUGGAAUUUCUUUGGAGCCACACAACGGAGAGCAUGUGUGUUGGAUAUAUGUCAGCCCAGGAUGGGAAAGCCAAGACUCACAUCUCAAGACUCCCUCCUGGUGCGGUGGCAGGACAGUCGGUUGCAAUCGAAGGUGGGGUUUGCCGCUUGGAGAGCCCAGCGAACUGACCCUGCUGGCUGAGCGUGAAGUAUCGGCGGCGAGGCAUUUCAGAACAUGAGCUUUUGGGGGGUUUUAAAGCUCCUUGUUUUAUAAUUCGCAUUGGAACCUUGUGCACCGCUCAAAACACAAGUGCUGCUGUAGUUAGCGCUUAGUGAUGCGCGGACCUUUGGUGGGUGCCGGACGGUGUGUGGAUGUGUGAGUGUGUGUGUACGCGCAUAUGUGUGCGGUCUAUGUGCUUGCUUCUCCCUCGAUGAAAUAGAAUCUCCUCAUUGUGUAACCAAUGACUGGGAAUGAUCGUCUUUACAAAACGUGUGCUUUAACUGUUUACAAGUAAAACCUAAGGUUGCAGGAAACAUUUUUUAUUUCAUAAAGAGUAAGUACCAACUGUCAUUGAUGUAAUGUGUCUGAGCUGAAGAGUAAAUCUACUUGUUUAAAUGAUUUGACAGUGGUCGUGCUCCAUUUAAUAGCAGUAAUAAGUAAUAAGGUGUUUUUAUUUGUGAAUCAGUUUAAGUAGAUCUUGUGGUAACUUAAACUGUGGUCUUCUUCCCUCAUUUGGGGCAUUUUUCUUUAACAAAGAGUGGUUUCAGUGAAACAAUCCAGCAGAGAAUUAAGGUCAGAACCUUUUUAAGUAAUAGUCUUAUUGAUAAAGUUUGUACUUCUUCCCUCUGCUUUUCUAAGAUUCAGUACUGCUUAGCUUUGAGCUGUAUGUAAUGUAUUAUGAAAGACUAUGUAAAGAGAACAUACAGUAACGCACAGUCCUUAAUUGUGUAUAGUGGAAUGUUAUUUACAAUGUAACACUGUAAAUAAGAAAGCAGAGUUUAUGGGAAAAUUCAAUAUUAUCUUUGUUUCUUGUUUAAAUAUAUUUUUAAGAUAAAGACACAAAAAUAAAAAAAAAGUAUUACCAGG